UGUCUUCUUACUUUCCCCGCCAAUUGCAUCUCAAUUCUCCCCUAAUUUGUCAAUCUAGGGCUCAACUCUCUCUCCAUGACUCACAAACUUCCUCCAAAAUCUUCCAAAUUCUUCGAAAUCUGAUUUCUGGAAACGCUAAUUUUUGAAUCCGCGACUUCGAUGAGCAAUCCAAGCAGUUCCGGAUGGGAUUCAAGUUCGAAUUUGACUCAGUUCGGGAUCGGCUUGGCCAAUAUAGUGCAGUCGGAUGUUGCUUCUCACUUGCCGCUCCCCUCGCUACCCAUAUUCUGCGGCUCGACUCAGCCUGGAGAGUUCAAGCUGUUCGAUGAGGCUGGCGAAGGUGUUAGCGGCAACAGGUCGUUGAAUCGCAGCGAGAUUCUCUCGCAGUCUAGGAGAAUCGCUAAUAUGCUUGAAGAAACUGACGUUUCUUACCUGGAUCUUAGAAACGAGGCUAGAGCGCUGAACUGUAAUUCUGCGGAGCCUUUGCAGUUAUAUGACCAAGUUCUACGAUGCAAUCCUGGAGCAUUUGAGUAUGCCACCCCUGGCCCGACCUGCGAACCAGUCUGUACCGAUGAAGAGCGUCAGCAUAGAAGUUCUGAGCCAAGUGUUCCUGUCAAGAUUCAACGACAGGCUGAUCAUCAUUUAGGUAGGAGCAUCAAUCCCGAGCCUGUGAAAAGGGUAUUACGAUCAAAUCAUGUUGAAGAUCAUAGUUGGCAUUCCAAACCUUCGAUAAACCAGUCACCAAGAGAUGAUAUUUCAACUCUUGAUUCUCGACCUGAAACGGUCACCAUGAAUGAAUCUUCUGCUUCGAAGAAGUCAAAGGGCAAGAAGAAACGUAAAGAUGGCGCUGGCCCUGGUGCGUCUUCAGUUCAGCCAGAUUCAUCCGUGCUUCAAGAGUCCAUCGUUAAAAGCUUUUGUGAGAUGGUGGAGGAGUUCUGUGGCAGAGCUGAAGUCCCUGGUGAUGAUAGGGAUGGAGCAGAGUGGUCAGUCGUGCCUGUUGAUGAAAUUCGUGUUCUUGUGACUGAGUUGAUGACUAUAAGGUCAAAAAUGCUUCUGCAUAUGGUACCUGUUGAUAUUCUGUCGAGGUUAUUGCACACUCUGGAUCAUCAGAUACAUAGGGCAGAAGGCUUGUCCAUUAAUAGUGAGCAUCUAACACUUCCUGGUGCAAAAACAUUUCAGUCAGAUUCAGAUUCAGUGGGGUUGGUUCUUGGUGCCCUUGAGUCCAUCCAUGCAUCGCUUGCAGUGAUGGCAAACAGUGAUAUGCCAAAGCAACUCUACAAGGAAGAGGUAAUUGAGAGAAUUCUGGAGUUUUCUAGGCACCAAAUGAUGGCUGUUAUGUCUGCUUAUGAUCCAUCUUACCGCAGCGCAAGUAAACCGGCAGAUAAUGUGGCAUUUGAAGGUGAUGAUGAUGAUGAUCUCGAUCCUGACAUGAGCUCAGCCAGUAAAAGGCGACGAACGGGAAAAAGUGGCAAAAUGAAGAAGUCGGGAGUGAACAGGAUCUCUGGAGCAGUGAAUACUGCAUUACAGAAACUUUGCACUAUUCUUGGCUUACUCAAGGACCUAUUGUUCGUAGAAAGGUUGUCUGACAGUUGCAUUUUACAACUGUUGAAGACAAGUACUACAACAUUUUUGGUGGAAAAUAUCCAACUUCUGCAACUUAAAGCAAUUAGUUUAAUCGGUGGUAUAUAUAAUUCAUACGCUCAACACCGAACGUAUGUGAUAGAUGAGUUAUCUCAAUUGCUAUGGAAGUUACCUUCCUCGAGACGAGUGCUGAGAACGUAUCUUCUCCCUGAUGAAGAACAGAAGCAGAUUCAAAUGGUAACGGCUUUGCUCAUUCAGUUGGUUCACAACAGCACAAGCCUUCCUGAAACACUGAGACAGGCUUCAUGUGCAAACUCCAUAAUGGAGACGCCCGUUGAUGAUGGCUACCUAACUAAAUGUCAUGAGGCGGUUACAGAAACAUGUUGCCUUUUCUGGACUCGUGUCCUUGAACGAUUUGCCAGUGCAAAGGCUCAAGAUGCCUCUGAGAUAAAAGUGAUGAUUGAGAACCUUGUUAAUGAUUUACUGACAGCAUUGAAUCUUCCUGAAUAUCCAUCAGUGUCUCCGAUUCUUGAGGUUCUCUGCGUCAUACUUCUGCAUAAUGGAGGGUUGAAAUCAAAAGAUGUCUCUGCCCGGUCAAUGGCCAUCGACUUGCUAGGUACAAUUGCUGCAAGGUUGAAACAGGAUUCUGUCCUCUGCAGUGGAGACAGAUUCUGGGCGCUACUAGAAUCAGAUACUGAAACCAAACUUGACCAAUCUGUUACAAAAGAUUGCGCUCUCUGUUUAGGUAAAAGGGCUGGGAACUUAUUAGGCUGUCAAAUUUGUCAAAGGCGAUUUCAUGCAGACUGUUUGGGCUUAAAGGAACUAGACAUUCCAAGUCGAAAUUGGCAUUGCCCAUUUUGCAUAAGCAAGAGGCAACUUCUUGUACUGCAGUCUUACUGCAAGACUGACACCAAGGGCACUGGAAAUUUGGAGUCAGAAGAAGAUCCAAAUGUGGUUACACAGACAGAAGUGGCGCAACAGAUGCUCUUGAAUUACCUUCAGGAUGCUGGAUCUGCUGAUGAUGUGCAUACUUUCAUUUGCUGGUUUUAUCUUUGCCUUUGGUAUAAAGAUGUCCCAAAAUCUCAGCAGAAAUUCAAAUAUUUCAUUGCCAGACUGAAAGCGAAGUCAAUAAUCCGUAACUCUGGAGCAACUACUUCGUUCUUGACAAGAGAUGCUAUUAAGAAAAUUACUUUAGCUCUUGGACUAAACAGUUCUUUUUCCAGAGGAUUUGAUAAGAUUCUACACAUGCUCCUGGCUAGUUUAAGAGAGAACUCUCCCAUUAUUAGGGCCAAAGCUAUGCGAGCAGUUAGUAUAAUUGUUGAAGCUGAUCCAGAGGUAUUGUGUGAUAAGCGUGUUCAGUUGGCUGUUGAAGGAAGGUUUUGUGAUUCUGCAAUAUCUGUUAGAGAAGCAGCACUGGAACUUGUUGGUAGGCAUAUUGCAUCACAUCCUGAUGUUGGUUUAAAGUAUUUUGAGAAGGUAGCUGAAAGGAUUAAGGAUACUGGAGUGAGUGUUCGAAAACGAGCCAUCAAGAUAAUACGUGACAUGUGUACUUCAAAUCCCAACUUCUCUGAAUUUACAAGUGCAUGUACCGAGAUAUUAUCUCGUAUCAGUGAUGAUGAGUCUAGUAUCCAGGAUCUUGUGUGCAAAACUUUCUAUGAAUUCUGGUUUGAGGAACCUCCAGGGCAUCAUACUCAGUUUGCUAGUGAUGCUAGCUCCAUUCCAGUGGAAGUGGAAACGAAAACUAAGCAAAUGGUGGGGUUGUUAAGGAAGACCCCGAAUCACCAGCUUCUUGUAACAAUUAUUAAGCGUGCCCUGGCCCUUGAUUUUUUCCCUCAAGCAACCAAAGCUGCUGGUAUCAACCCAGUUGCUCUUGCAUCGGUACGCCGGCGCUGCGAGAUGAUGUGCAAGUGCUUACUGGAAAAUAUAUUACAGGUAGAAGAACUGAGCCGUGGAGAGGGAGACGUGCAAGUGCUUCCUUAUGUACUUGCUUUGCAUGCUUUCUGUCUGGUGGAUCCUGGGCUGUGUACACCGGCUUCAGACCCUACGAAGUUUGUUAUUACCCUACAGCCGUAUUUGAAGAGUCAGGUUGAUAGUAGAAUAGGAGCACAGUUACUAGAGAGUAUUAUUUUCAUUAUCGAUUCUGUUCUACCCUUGAUCCGCAAGCUUCCUUUUAGUGUCACAGAAGAUCUGGAGCAAGAUCUAAAGCAUAUGAUUGUUCGGCAUUCAUUUCUAACGGUUGUUCAUGCAUGCGUUAGGUGUCUUUGUUCUGUGAGUAAAUUGUCGGGAAAAGGUGUUAGUGUAGUGGAGCAUCUUCUUCAGUUCUUUUUAAAGCGGCUGGAGGCCCAUGGGUCUGAUAACAACCAGAUUGCUGGGCGGUCCCUUUUUUGUCUUGGCUUGCUUAUUCGCCAUGGAAACUCUCUUAUUAGCACCUCAGGUGGCAGGAAAUUUAAUCUCUCCGGCUGUCUCAGUUUGUUCAAACGACAUCUCCGCGUGGAAGAUUUUUCGUUGAAAGUCAGGUCUCUGCAGGCUCUAGGUUUUAUUCUAAUUGCGCGGCCUGAGUACAUGUUGGAAGACGACAUUGGAAAGAUAAUCGAGAGUACAUUAUCAGAUGAAGCAAACGGGCGUAUGAAGAUGCAAGCAUUGCAAAACAUGUAUGAUUACCUUCUUGAUGCGGAAAAACAAUUGGGAUCCGAUAAAGCUGGUGAUAUCACGGUUAACCCAAUUGAGCAAGGUGGACAUACUGUACCUGUGGCCGCUGGUGCAGGUGACACCAACAUUUGCGGAGGCAUUGUGCAGUUGUAUUGGGAUAAGAUAUUAGGUAGAUGCUUGGACUUUGAUGAUCAAAUUCGCCAGAUUGCUCUCAAGAUAGUGGAAGUUGUGCUACGUCAAGGUCUUGUUCAUCCUAUUACAUGUGUUCCUUAUUUGAUUGCCCUUGAGACAGAUCCUCUCGAGGCUAACCAGAAGCUGGCCCAUCAUUUACUAAUGAAUAUGCAUGAGAAGUAUCCGGCAUUUUUUGAAAGCCGUCUCGGUGACGGACUUCAAAUGUCGUUCAUCUUCAUGCAAUCGAUAAGCCAGGUCUCUUCAGAAUCAAAUCAAAAUCUUCAGCAGAAGGGUUCAACAAACAUGUCGGGAAAAAAUGAUCAUAAUACCACUCUCACACAAGCUAGACUUGGAGUCUCUAGGAUCUACAAGCUUAUCCGUGGAAACCGGAUUUCUCGGAACAAGUUUAUGACAUCUAUUGUUCGCAAGUUUGAUAAUCCAACCUGGAGUGGCUCAGUGAUAUCCUUUCUGAUGUAUUGCACUGAAACCCUUGCGUUACUUCCAUUCACAACACCUGAUGAGCCACUCUAUCUUGUAUAUUCCAUAAACCGAGUUAUACAAAUCCGCGCUGGUGCAAUCGAGUCAAAUUUGAAGGCUUUGUUACACAAAGAUUCUGCAAAGCCUCAGCAUGGAAAUGGAACAUACCAACAAGAUCCGAUUCUUGGACAGAUUCACAUGAUGGACCUAAACACAAAAAUGCAAGAAGAACAAACGCAUUGGAAUUCGGAUGGUCAUCCAGCUCCAAUUGAUCUCAAUGGAAUAGUAUACCAAGAUCCGAGGGAUCAGUUUAAUUCAUAUCAAACCCACAAUGGAGAAGCAAAUGUGAACGAAAUGACCUCAUCUGAUCCGCCUGCAUUGUCCACCGAUGAUCUGCAGAAAAUUAAGGUUGAUUGCUUAUCAGCUAUAGCUUUACAGCUUCUUUUGAAGCUCAAGAGAUACUUAAAAGUCACGUACAGCUUAAAUGAUGACCGGUGCCAAGCCUAUUCUCCAACGGAACCAUUGAAGCCAGGAGAUCCUCUGUCUAAACAGAACAUUGCCUUUGACCUCAGCAAAACUCGCACUGACUUACCUUCAACAUAUCAAGACUUGGUUCUGAGAUAUCAGGAGUUUAAGAACGCGAUGAGAGAAGAUACACUUGACUACACCAUUUAUUCAUCAAACGUCAAGAGAAAACGCCCAACGCCAAGAAAAAGCUCAAGAUCUGCUAAGAAAGCAGUGGCCUACAAUGAGGACGAUGAUGAUGACGACGAUGGUGACAGAGGCUGGAAUGGAGGAGGAAGCAGUGGUAUGACUGCUCGGAGACUAAACUACAGUACCAGAAAUAGCAACAGAAGGUAAUGUCAGACGGCACUGGCUCCUGUUUUAGAUCACUACUAUAUAUACAGCAGCAACGAAAAAGAGAAUCAGAAUUGGCGAUAUUAUUUUAGGCUCUCAUAAGUCAUAACCCCAAUGUACAGUAUGAUUUCUUACAAAAUUAGGAAGCCAGGAACGAAUUGGUACGCACGUUGUAUAACCUUUUGUUAGGAUGAAAAAGAGAAAAGAAAUUGAAGUAGAAGAAUAUUAGAAUAGGUAUUUUGUCAGUUUGCUUUUGGAUGGCAUUCAGUAUUCACUAUUGAUUUGUACCCCUUGCCCCUUUCUCAUUGUUUAGGAAAUGGCGUCAUUGUCUAUCAACUUGUUAGCUUUAUUUAUCUUCUGGAGUUAUUACAGCUUGUUGGUAAUUAUAAUUUUUAGAACUCU